AGCCAUAUCUUGUUGGGUAUGCACUUACAGAAAUGUGUGAGUAACCAUCGCCUUUACUGUAUUUCAUAGUGUCUUUUAAUGAGUAAGUUUACAGGGUAGACAUCCAACGCACCUCCUCAUACUCUAGAGCGGAAGAAAGCCUAACCACAAUUUGACAGGUAAUCAAGUAACCCCCUUCCUCUGAAAUGUUCGGGCGUUCAGCAUAUACAUUUACAAAUCAAGAGCAGUCUUCAAAACAGACUGACAAUAACCAAGAGGAGAACAUGAAGAGCGUAUCUGCUAUGGCAACCUCUACAGAAAAGGAACGUGAGGGUGCACUAACAGCUUGGACACCAGAGUGGUCAACUGAAUCAGUGGAUCUGAAGGACUUUCAAGCAAAAAACUUUGUCCCUAAUUUUGUGAAAGUAACCAAGGGUCAAUACAUGAAUAUUAGUCAGUCCCGGUUUUCACUACAGAAAUCUCACAAUCAGCUCUAUAUCCACAGUUUUGAAAGUUGUAUAAAAGUGUUAUCUCACAGUGUACAAAGGGUGACUGAAAACCAGCCCACAGGACCAUACAAACAACGGAUAUCCAACAAAAAGCUACUUGCCUUGCAACAACGGCUUGCUAUCCCAAUUGGUUAUGAAGGAUGGUUUGAAAUCCUAUCAGAGGAUGGCAGAGGAUCUCGUCCCAUUGAAACUGUUCAGGAACUUGCAAAAGUAUUUCCAGAAAAAUGUCUAGUGCGCCAGGAUAUUGUUGCAUACGGUACUAAUGAAGAUGGCAAACUUAGCAGUAAUGUUACUAAGUUGGUGCAGGUUGGUGAGCAACUGCUGUUAUCCGGUGAUAUUACAACCAGCGUCCAAUCAAGAAACCACAAAAUAAAACUACUGCGGUGCAUCAAUAAUAAAAGCGAAAACAUCUAUCUGCCAUUUGAGAAAAGAGGGAUUUUUUCACCAAUUUAUUCAGAAGAUAUGUACACUGGAGUACUUCAGAUUCGAGAUAUUAUCCAAAAGUACCGUAUGCCACUUACUGUCAAAUUGGUGCAUGGAAUUUGGCCUAAGGUAGAGAAAGAACGUUUCACUGGUUUAAUACGUCUAGAUUGGGUUUAUGUUGAUGAUACAGUAUUUAUGUGUCCUUUCGAAAAAGACAUUAUUCGUAUGAUCCCAGUACCUUUAGAUUCCUCACUGCAGUUAGCACCUUCAACAAAUUUCAAAGCCUUGACAGAGAAAGAAUCUUACAAAAAACUUCAUUCAAAAUGUUCAAGAAUGGUGUCCAACUACAAUAACACAAUCCAUCUCAUAGUAAAUGUACCAAAUGCUGUAGCAAGAUGUUUAAACAAUAAAGUGUCACGUAAUAUGUUUUCCCAGACAGCUCAGCCAGAGUCAAAUGCAAAAUCAAUCUCCAAGACUAAAGAAAAGAGGCUGAUGGAUGAGAUUGAUGAUAUAUAUCAGUUUGUCCGUGAUGGUGGUGUAGCACCAAAGUCAAAGUUUACUUAUGAUUCAGAUGAAGAAAGCUUCUGGGAAGAACCAGCUUAUGAGCCACUUGAUAACUUCCAGCAAUGUCUCAAGGCUAUUGAAUCAGGAAAGCAAGUUCAGUACCACAAGAAAUACCAGCCUGCAGAUGCAGCCAAACUUGGUUUGGGGCGCAAACAAAAUGCUGGUAACAUCCGUAAGUCGCAGAGAUCAUACGUUUCAACGGCUGCUAACAGUAAAUCCAAGGAAAAACAAAAACAAGUAGUUGAACAACGGAACUUGACUCAAAUUAAGCCUGAAACAGACAGAGCAACAAAUAAUCAGAACUUAACUAAGAGUUGCAAUAAUGUUUCUGAUUUACCAUUAGGUUCCAAUAGCAAAGACUCUGGUAAGACAUCCCAUAGUGCUGAAACACCACUCCCACCACCUAUCCCACCACGCCACUACAAAAGAUCUGGUUCUUUCCCAUUAUUGGAUACUGCACCUGUUUUAAAGCUUAUACAAGCUUCAAGUGAUCAGCAUUUAAUGCAGUCUUCGAAGUCAAACAACACCAGCCAGGGCUCAAGUGCUACCAGUAGUGCAAACAGUUCAAAAAAAUUCUCAAAAAAAUUGGCUUUGGAAGAAUCAGCACAUUUUAUAAAACACCUGAACAAAAGACGGCAGACAAUGUUUUUAUAACAAAUUUUAUUUUUGUACUCUUUUUGGAGACAUUGGCAACAAAUUCAAUUUUUCUAAUAAAGAAAUGUCCAAGCUCUA